AUGUCGUUGCGACCUGAAGAGUUAGUUAUUCUUGAACCUGGUAAUGAUGGAGAUAGUGAUAUAGAUGUAGAAGUCGAUGAACUAUUUGAUAGAAAUUCGAAUCAAACCAACAUUUGUGGAAUAUUCGAUGCAAACAGUGGAGUAAUGGUUGCAACUGGAGGUUACGUGCUACGAAGUUUAGAUUCAAAUUUCAUGAGUGUUCAAAUUCAAAACAUGGUGAAAGCUGAUCCUACUAUUACUGUGCCUGUGCUUGUGGAAAUCAUAAAACAACAAUACGGUUACAGUGUUAAGUAUGAACGAGUUUGGCAAGCAAAGAAAAAAGCUUUGAUAACAGUUUUUGGUGAUUGGGAGAAAUCAUAUAAUGAGCUUCCAUACUGGUUGAGUGCCGUUGUACAUUAUAAUCCGGGAACUCGAGUUGAUUGGUCAUUUGGUCCUGCAAUAGAAGGGUUCAAGCAUUGUAGACCAUUAAUUCAGAUCGACGGAACCCAUUUGUAUGGAAAGUAUAAGGGAAAAAUGUUAACUGCCUUAUCGAUUGAUGCAAAUGGUCAUAUAUUUCCUCUUGCAUUUGCUAUAGUGGAAGGGGAAAACACGUCUAGUUGGUCAUGGUUUCUUCAUGCACUUUGCGAAUAUGUUACUGAUCGAUAUGGUAUUUGCUUGAUCUCUGACAGACAUAGGGGCAUUCUUUCUACCAUUAACAAUGAAGAGGUAGGUUGGAGUGAACCUCGAGCUGUCCAUCGAUAUUGUCUUCGUCAUGUUGCUAGCAACUUCAAUCAGAAAUAUAAAUCAAAGCAACUGAAAGACUUGGUGUUUAGGGCAGAUAUUGACGUGGAAAAAUGGACUCAGUCACAUGACAAUGGGUCUCGAUAUAGGUGGAUGACAAGCAAUGCAGCUGAAUGUAUGAACGGUGUAUUUAAAGGAGCUCGAAUGUUACCCAUCACUUCUUUGGUUAGACUAACAUUUUAUCGCACAAUCCUUUAUUUCGAACGUCGGCGAGCUGAGAUAAGUGAAGCACUCGAUCGUGGUGAUAUUUAUACGGAAUAUGCGAUAAGAAAGCUUAAGAAGUGGGAAAAACGAGCUUCUGCACAUUCAGUGACAUCCAUUGAUAGAGAAACCCAGACAUUUGAGGUUCACACGGGUAUGAGUAUGAUUUCUCCAUACAAAGGCCAACACACACAGGUUAUUUGCAUAAUGGAACCUGGGCCAAGUGAUCCUACACAGCUAUAUCUACAACCAUCCCAUCGUUCACAGUUUAUUUGGGAGGCCUCCUGCACAGUUGUUUUGAGUUGUCGACGAAGAGAGGCUGCUGGAUUUCUAGGGGCUUCCUAA